AUGAGUCCUGGACUUUCGCGAUCCGAGGAGAAGGUGAAGGGUUCGAUCGACGGCAGCGUGGAUCACAGUUUGGAGCGAGGAACUGAAGGAGAAACUCCACCACCGCUGAGAAAUUACAUCUUCCUGACCAUUUUCACGUGUUUCUGUCCCGCGUGGCCCAUUAACAUCGUAGCGCUUGUGUUCUCUGUGAUGGCUCAGAGCAGCUACGAUAACGAGGAUUAUGACGGAGCUCAGCGUUUAGGGAGAAAGGCUCUGCACAUGGGCAUCACUUCAUUCAUCAUAGGUGUCAUCAUAAUUAUGAUCUUCUGCAUUGUACACUUCACUACGCACACCAUCUGAGCAUGCAGAGGAAGCUGAGCUGGAACAGUCACAGCGUGAGGUUCAUCGUGACCUCUGAUGGACUCGCAGGACAAAGCG